AUGACAGACAUCAUCGAUGAAGACUCCUCUUAUUCCUAUGAAAUAUUACAAUCUCAACAUAUCGAUGAAUGUUCCCAUCUUUUAACUCGUUCAUUUGCAUUGCAUAAUGAUGUGGUUCGCCAUGCUAAUAGACCUCAAAAUGUAAUCUACCAGUAUAUGAAAAAACUCGUUGAAUAUUUAUUAGAAGAACAAUUGUCGCUAGUGGCCAUUGAUAAGCAUACAAAAAAAGUUGUGUCAUGUUUGACAUGUGGUGAUUAUUAUCGUUGUUCGAACAAUGAAGAGCGGCAACGACAAAGCUUAGAAUCUCCAUUAUUGUGUUUAUGUAUGGAAAUGGAAGAGAGGUUUACAAAUGAGUAUAAGAAAUUCCAUCAAUUUGAAAAGAAACAAAUACUGCAUAUUUAUGCUGGUGCGACAGAUGAAAAUUUAAUGAAAAAAGGUAAGUGGAAACGUCUAGGUUACAAAAUUCGUCGUCUCGCAUGCGAAUACGCAUUGAAACAAGGUUUUCGUUUAGCACUUGUUGAAGCUAGUCAUCCAGCCACGCUACAUAUUUACAUUGAUAAAUUGAACGGGAAAGUUUUUACGUCAAUUCAACCCCAAAAAUGGUUAUGGAAACAUCAUGAUAAUUAUCCAUAUCAGAAUUAUGAAGGUGAAGAAAUACCAUUAGUUAUUAUAAAAUUAGAUGAAAUGAAAUUAUGCUAA